GAGGACUUAGAGCCGAGGGGAGCCAGAAGGAACUGCUAAGAGCGCUGCAGGCUCUGCAGCGGAGAGAGGUCCUGCCCAGCUGUUUGCGAAGAUUUCCUGUUUCCCCUCCAGCCCAGGCUCGAGAAGUUGAGUGAGUCACACGCACGCAUACCCCCACACACAGCUACACACACACUCACACACACACACAUACACACAGGGCGAGCCGAACUGCUGCAGAAGAGCCGAGCCCCGCGGCCAGCCCCUGGGGCCCCCAGCCCGGCCCGUGGCCCGGACGCCACAUCUGGCCUGCACAUCUGCCCAGGGAAGGAGAGCGGGAGCUAGAGCGCGCCAGGGGCCAAGCGGGGCGAGCUAGGCAGAGGCUGCCGGGCCAGUCCAGUGAGCUCCCCCUCCUCCACCCCUUCUUCCUUCUCCUCUUCCUCCUCGCCCGCCCCGGCUGCUGCCCGGCUCCCGCUCUAUGCGGAGGCGGAGCGGGCUCGGCCAUGAGUCGGGCUCUCCUGCGGAGCCCGGGGCUACUGCUCCUCUUCCUGUGGACGCGCAUUGCCAGCACCAUCCCUCCCUACGUCCAGAAGAUGGUUGAUGGAACUCCAGUCACUGAGGAAAAUGGUGCCAUAAAGUCUGCGCUCCUCUGCAAGUUUUGUGAUGUACAAGCAACCAACUGCACCAAUGACAGGAGCUGCUUCAGUUACUGCAGCAUCACAUCAAUCUGUGAACAAGCCCAUGAAAUCUGCGUGGCUGUGUGGAGGAAGAAUGAUAAAAAUGUAACCAUGGAAACCCUCUGCCAUGAUCCUAGCCUCAAGGUCCACGGGUUUGCCCUGGAGGAUUCUAAUUCUGACAAAUGCAUAAUGAAGGAAAAAAAGGUUCCUGGUGAAACUUUCUUCAUGUGUUCCUGUAGGAAAGAGGAGUGCAAUGACAUCUUAUACUUCUCAGAAGAAGUUGUUGACCACUUGGAGCUAAUUGCCAUCAUCUCCAAGGUGACCGUCAUUAGCCUCCUUCCACCGCUGGGCAUCGCUAUUGCGGUCAUUGUCAUCUUCUACUGCUACCGGGUCCACCGCAGGAGAAAGCUGAGCACCGCCUGGGAGACCACCAAGCCGCGGAAGCUGGUGGAAUGCAGUGAGCGCUGUGCCAUGAUGAUGGAUGAUGACCGCUCGGACAUCAGCUCAACCUGCGCCAACAACCUCAACCACAACACAGAGCUGCUGCCCAUUGAGCUGGACACCCUGGUGGGGAAGGGGCGCUUUGCUGAGGUCUACAAGGCCAAGCUGAAACAGAACACGUCCGAGCAGUUUGAGACUGUGGCAGUCAAGAUAUUCCCAUAUGAGGAAUAUGCCUCUUGGAAGACGGAGAAGGAGAUCUUCUCAGACAUUAACCUCAAGCAUGAGAACAUCCUUCAGUUCUUGACAGCAGAGGAGCGGAAAAUGGACCUGGGAAAGCAGUAUUGGCUCAUCACCGCCUUCCACGCCAGGGGCAACCUGCAGGAGUAUCUCACCAGGCAUGUCAUCAGCUGGGAGGACCUGUGGAAGCUGGGUAGCUCCCUAUCCCGGGGCAUUGCCCAUCUCCAUAGUGACCACACCCCCUGCGGGAGACCUAAAACGGCCAUUGUGCACAGAGACCUGAAGAGCUCCAACAUCCUGGUGAAGAAUGACCUGACCUGCUGCCUCUGUGACUUUGGACUGUCCUUGCGGCUGGACCCCACCCUCUCCGUGGAUGACUUGGCUAACAGUGGGCAGGUUGGAACAGCAAGAUAUAUGGCUCCUGAGGUUUUGGAAUCCAGAAUGAAUUUGGAGAAUAUGGAGUCCUUCAAGCAAACAGAUGUAUAUUCCAUGGCCCUGGUUCUCUGGGAAAUGACAUCUCGCUGCAAUGAGAUAGGAGAGGUCAAGGAGUAUGAGCCUCCAUUUGGCUCCAAAGUGAGAGAGCAUCCCUGUGUUGAGAGUAUGAAGGACAACGUGCUGAGAGACCGAGGACGGCCUGAGAUCCCCAACACGUGGCUCAGCCACCGAGGUAUACAGAUGGUUUGUGAGACUCUGGCCGAGUGCUGGGACCACGAUCCAGAAGCCCGACUGACCGCUCAGUGCGUGGCUGAGCGUUUCGACGAGCUGGGCGACCUGGACCGGCUGUCAGGGAGGAGCUGUUCAGAGGAGAAAAUCCCUGAGGACUGCUCUCUGAGCCCCACCAAGUAACCUCAGGCUGAGCUUGUGGUGAGGGCAAAGACGCUGCCCAUCCACUCCCAGGGCCGAGGGCAGGAAAACGCCAUCUGAUAAUGCCUUGGCCUGGCUUCCUGUGAAACCGAGGGGGUCCCUGCACUCCCUUGAAGCCAGGGCUCUGGAGAGGAACUCACUUUGGUGGGAACCAGCAGCAGGCAGUUGAGUGGGUGACAUAAAGCAUUCUAAGCCUUUGACAUUGUCAUAGGAUAAGCUGUGUGAGCACUUCCUCAGGAAAUGAGAUUCCCCCCCCCCUUUCCUUACAAUAGCUGAUAACAAUUGCACUUUAUUAAUGCCUGUAUAUAACUACAGAAUAGCUAUGUUUUAUAUAUAUAUAUAUAAAAUAUAUAUGUCUAUAUCUAUAGUUCUAUCUACAGCCAUACUCUGUAGAAACAUGGAAUAGAGGAGAAUGCCAAGGAGAUUAUUGUUCUAUCAGAGGAAUGAGGGACAAGAGGGCCCCCCGAAGCAGCAUUAGCUCCUCUCCCCUCCCCUCCAAUAUAUAAAGGCAAAUUGCCACUGAGGAGUGGAUUUCGGCAUCCCAAACCCCUGCUAUUUCCCAUGUUUCCUAAGAAUGCCAAAGCUCACUCCUGGCCCAGACCAGCCGUUGUUAACCCUUGUUCCUCCGUGCUGUUUAAGGGUUCAUAUGGUUCUUUUGUGGGUUUCUGACUGACUCCUCCUGGCCCCUGACUGUGGGAUCACUUUCCUUAAAGGAACUCAGGGUCUCUUGCACCUAUAACGCCGUUGGCCUGGAGCCCUUCAGAAACUGGGGCCCACUGUGUUCACAGGCUAAGGAGAAAUGUGGAGAGCAGCUACCUAUGUGCCCCCACAAAAGCAGCCAAAGCCAGACAGAUGUUUUCCAUUUGCCUUACCUUACAUUAGAUGGUUGUGAUUUUCUUUAUGAAGAAAUUAUCAUGAGUAUUUUACUCCUGAGCCCUCCACCACUACUAACCCUGCCCCUCCCAAUCAUUUGGCCAAAUCUCUGCUCCCUAACCCCACCUGUGUCUUGAAAUCCGUUAUUUUAGCCUCUAGUUUUCUAUGCAAAACCAAUGAACUCCAUCUCUCCCCACCCCCUGAAUGCACUCGGACACUUUGGCAUUAUGGAAAGGAGAUGAUAGAUGGUAUUGUUGUAGGCCUGCUUCCCUAGACCUUGCAGGAAAUAUAAGCCCUGCUCUAACCCUGAACUUGCAAUAAAUUUUCCUCUGGUGAGUCCUGGUUUCUUUCUCCAGUUUGGAAUGAGAGGAGGUAUGAUCUAGCGGGAUCUGGAUUGAUUCCUGGCCCUGCCAUCUAUGUGCAUGACCCCCCCACAAAUCACAUUGCCACCCAGAUCCCAGUUUUUGCAUCUGUAAAAUUGAAAGGGUUAUUAUACCAAAUGGCUUUUAAGGUCCCCUCCAAUGCAAAAUCUUUGCUUUCUUCCCUAUCCCAUAUCGCAUCCAAGGUUUAAAGACAAAGGCUUAAGUCUCCAUCGCAAGGUGGAGGUGGGAUAAGAGCAUCCCCAAUCUUUUUUUCUAUGCUUCUUUAAGGGUUUGUGGGAUGACCCACCACCUCCCAGAGGCCUUUGCUACUAGCGUCAAUCAGCCGCCAAAGUGAGCGGUUCCAGGUCUUUCCAGAGCCAGCUCUAUCUAUAAGGCAUUAGGGAAUCUUUGUCAGAAACAUUAGAGGGCCUUGCUUGGUGGCCCAAAAGGAAUCCUAUUUCCCCACACAAGAGCUUUAAAAAAACUCAGGCAGAGGCUUGAUUAAAAAAUGCUUUUGGAGCUCCCCUCUCUCUACCUUGGAGCGGUAAAUGACUCGAGAGAAAGGAGCUACAGACAAAGUGGCCACUUAGUUUUUUGUUUUUUUUUUGGAAGGAGUGGGGGGCAUGCAAAGAGAAACUGAGAUCUAACACAGAGAGGGAAGGGCAGUAUCUAGCCCAGGGCUGCAUUACCUGGGGGAGGCAGGAGGGCGCAGAAACCUGGGUUGCCGCUGUCUGUCCUAAAAAAGCCAUUUUCAUUGUCUAGUGCCUUUGGACAGCUGGGGCCCAUUGACCCCUAGUGGUCGGUGGGUAGAAUCCUCAGGUGCCAGCUCAUUCACAGUCUUCCCCCCUGGCACGUGAUCAACAUAAACUGGAAUGUAGUAUAAAGUUAUACUGUGGCCUGUUUGUUUGUAUUUUCUCAUUCAAGGCAGAAGACUAAGGAAUAACGUCCUGUAGUUCCUGGAGAUGCCAACUUUGUUUUUUUUAAACUACUACACCUGAAGGGAAAUCUUCAUUCUUUUAAGGAACAUUUCAACUGUACAUGACAUAUGAAAUAGGAAUGUGAAUUAUAUAUAUGCUUUUUUAUCAGAUGUUUCAAGCACUUAUUUCCACUCUAAGCCGUUUGUUUUUUUUUUAAUAAAUCUAAUGUUUAUUAAGUCAAAUAAAGCAAUAAAGCUCAGGAAAA